AUGAAAUAAUUAUCAAAAUCAAUAAGAUAUGCCUAUUGGAAUACAAUCAAGGACAUCAAUCCACUCUUUGUGGAAGCCUAAUAUGCUGUAAGAGGAUAGGUCCCAUCGAUGGCAGCCACUAUUCAAGAGGAGAUUAAUGCUGGCAAAAAAUAUCCAUUUGACUCAAUUACUGAGUUGAAUAUUGGCAAUCCUUAAACAUUUGGUCAAAAACCCAUUACAUUCAACAGGAGUGUUCUUGCUUCUAUGUUGGAUCCAAACAUCUUGAAAUAUCAAUCUGGAGAUGUCCAAAGAAGAGUCAAAUUUUACAAUGACAAGAUCGGAUUCCAAGUGGGUGCAUACAGUCAAUCUCCAGGAUAUCCAGUAAUUAGAGAAGCUGUUGCAAAGUAUGUCUAAUAAUUUAACCUUCUCUUAAAGCUUCAUCUAGAAAAGAGAUGCCACCAAAAACAGACCCUCCAUUAAUGAUAUCAUUCUAACCGAUGGUGCAUCAUCAGGCAUAACCUUAAUGUUCAACUUAUUGCUCAAAGAUAAAAAUGAUGGCGUCAUGAUUCCAAUUCCCCAAUAUCCCCUCUAUUCUGCUGUCAUUGCACAAUGUGGAGCCUAAUAAAUACCAUAUUAUCUGGUGGAGGAUAAGAAUUGGUCUGCUGAACAAAAAUAAUUGGAAGGUACUAUCUCUAACAUUAUAAUACAGAAUAAUAUUCCAAGGCCAAAAGAAAUGGAAUUAAUCCAAGAAUAUUGGUAUGCAUCAAUCCAGGUAAUCCUACAGGCUAAGUGUUUGACAAAUAGAGCAUUGUGGAAAUGAUCAAGUAUUAUAGUUGAUUUAUUUUAGGUUUGCUGCAGAUAAGAAAAUAACUAUCUUUGCAGAUGAAGUCUAUUAAGAAAAUAUCUAUGAUCCAAAGAAGAAGUUCAUUUCAUUUAGAAAAGUAGCCAAUGAACUCAAUUUGGAUGUUGAAAUCUAUUCCUUCCAUUCAAUUUCUAAGGGUAUCACUGGAGAAUGUGGUUUGAGAGGAGGAUAUAUGGAAAUCACAUCCAAAAUUGAUUCUGAAGUUCAUUUCCAAAUUCACAAAUCCAAAAGUAUAUUUGUUAUUACUAUUCCCCAUAGCAAUUAUGUUAUGCUCAAACACAGUUGGAUAAUUGAUGACAGGAUUGAUGGUAACUCCACCAACUACCGAUGAAGGAUGCUCCGAACCCACAGUUUCAUAGUAUAAUGAAGAAUGCAAGGCUCUAUUCACUAGUUUAUAAAGAAGAGCUGGCAUUGUUACUCAAUAUCUUAACCAGACUAAGGGUGUAUCUUGUUAACCAAUUGAAGGUGCUAUGUAUGCUUUCCCAAGAAUCUUCUUAUCAGGUAUUCUGCAUCUCCAUAUUAGAUAAAUACGUGUAACAUGCUAGAAAAUUAGGCUAUGAACCAGAUGUUUUAUAUUGUUUAGACCUUCUCAAAGAAACUGGAUUAGUUGUUGUACCAGGUUCUGGAUUCUUGCAAUACCCAGGAACCUAUCAUUUCAGAAUGACAAUCUUGAUAUUACCUGAAGAGAAACUCUUAGCAAAGAUGAAGAUAUUCCAAUAAUGGCACGAAAGUUACAUUGCUAAAUUCUAAUGAAUGGUUUUUAUGUUUUGUGAACAAAC